AUGAAAUUAUUGAACAUUGCCAAACAUCUUCAUUUGGCUCAAACUGAAUAUGGAUUUGAAAAUUCUGCAACAACUACUGAUGAAAUUUUUGCUGCAAAACAAUUAUUCGAAGUUCUGAAGUCACUUAAGGACAGCUACUUUAGUGAGCUGUAUACUAAUGAUACUCUGGAAUUUGAAGAUGAAUAUGAUGAAAUGACGGAUGAAGAAGAAAACGAUGAAGAAAUUGAUGAUUAUGAUGAAAAUGGUUAUUUUAAUUUACAAAAUCGGUUUACAUUAGAAGAAAUGGAAAAUAUUAUCGAAUGGGUUGACCAACAUCCGAAUGCCAGAUUCGCAACUAUUUCCAACCGAUUUAAAAAGAUCAAAUCUAUGAAUUAUAUUACAAGAUUCAGAGAAUAUAUUAAAAACAAUGGCACACGAUCAGACAAAUUAGAAAAAAUUAAAGAAUUUAUGUUUGAUCAAUUUUAUUUGAAAAGAGCCAUUGAAAAGGAUGCCGUUCAUGACACUGACCUUGAAUUAUAUGCUAUUCAAAAAGCAAGAGAAUUGAAUUGGGAUGAAUUCAAGGCAAGCAAAUCGUUUAUUAAUAGUUUUAAAAGACAAAAUAGAAUAUCGUCAAGAAGAGUUAAUAAAAUUAUUACUCGAACUAAAUCAAAAAAACAAUUCUGCAGUUUAAAUGAUUAUCCAUCACGUUCUCCAUCCAGUACCAACAUUCAUCCGAAUGCUCGAUGGCAACAAAAUGGUAUCACUGUGGCUGGAGGAAAUCGACAAGGCAAUGGAAUCAAUCAACUCUCAAACCCAUGUGGUUUGUAUGUUGAUGAUGAUCAAACAAUCUAUGUUGCUGAUCGAACGAAUCACCGUAUUGUGGAAUGGAAACGAGGUGUAACAAGUGGCCAAGUGGUUGCCGGUGGAAAUGGACAAGGAAGUGGAGAUCAUCAAUUGGAUAACCCAACAGAUGUGAUUAUCGACAAAGAGAGAGAUAGUCUCAUCAUAUGCGAUUAUUCGAAUAGAAGAGUGGUUCGAUGGCCUCGUCGAAAUGGGACAAGUGGAGAAACAAUCAUCUCCAACAUCGCUUGUGUGGGUUUGACAAUGGACGAGAAUGGAUCUCUCUAUGUCACUGAUGUUGAAAAAGAUGAAGUGAGACGAUAUCGAAGAGGAGAAUCUCAAGGAACAGUGGUU